AUGUCUGAUAUCGAUGAUGAGCUACUUGCUCUCGCCGGUGGUGAUGUGUCGUCGGACGAGGAGGAAGCGAUGGAUAUGAGCCGAAACGAGUCGCGCUCGCCGUCACCGCCAGCGGCUUCAUCGAGGGAAAAGGACACGCCAUCAAGGGGUGUGGCGUUGAAGAAGACGCCUGCGAAAAAAACGAGACGUGCGAGUAGAAGUGAUAAUGAGUCGGAGGAUGAGGGAGAGGCAUCCUCGCCGCCGGCGUCCCCCAGCUCGCAGAUGUCCGCUCCAAUGGACGAGUCGGACUCCGAUUCCGAUGCGCCCCAGAACCGUGACCGCAGCACGGACGACGACUUGCAGUAUCCCGUCGAAGGCCUGUUCAAGAGCCAUGAGGAGAGAGCGCGUAUCAUGAGCAUGCGCGAGAUCGAGCGCGAACAAAUCCUAGCCGAGCGCAGGGAGGAGAAUGAGCGCAUUCGUCAAAACCGCAUGCUGCGCCAGCUUAAAGUCAACCAGGAGAAAGACAGCAAGAAGCGGAAGGCCAGCGCGGCCGAUCUUGAAGAUGCCGCACGCAAGUCGGCUCGUGCUCGCACCAAGGCCGGCGAGAGUAGUGACAAAAUGGACACGCUACGCCGCGCCCGAGAAGAGCGCAGCAACCGCAAGGAACAAAGAGAACGUGAGAACGACCGCCGCAGGCAACGAUCCCCCUCAUACCGUCGGAGUCGCAGCCCCGACGACCACGACAGCGACAACGACUGGCGGAGGGACUCUCGGCAAAAGUCCAGGACACCCGAACCUAGAGAAACCCCACCGGCCGAGUUGCGUGAUGUUGAGCGUAUCCGCGUCGGGAGAAGUCGGUUCGCUGAGGUAUGCUUCUAUCCUGGCGUCGAGAAGGCUCUCUCGGGUUGCUUCGUCCGCAUCAAUAUCGGGCCCGACCCUACGACACGCCAAGAUGUUUACCGCAUGGCUGUCAUCAAGAGUUUUACCCAGGGCAGACCCUACGCGAUAACUGAUCGCACUGGGCAUCAGAUCGUUGUGGACCUCUACAUCAAGGCCGCCCACGGCAAGGCGCAGCGGGAGUGGCCAUUUAUCACCUGUUCCGACAGGGACUUCACCGAAGGCGAAUGGAACCGGUACAAGCAAGUCUGCCUAUCGGAAGGUGUUCCGAUACCCACCAAGCCGGAACUCGUCGCCAAGAUCGGUGACAUCAACAACCUGAUCGGGCGAAGCUGGACCGAUCUGGAGGUAUCCGAGAAGCUCAAGCGCCAGAACGCCCUUCACAUCAAAUACAGCGGCGUCGAGCGCGACCAGCUGGCUAGGCAACUCGAUAUAGCACGCGCCCGCGGCGACGAAGCCGCCGUCAGCCGCCUCCAGGAAAAGCUCGACAACCUCGAAGUCCCCCGUCUCGCUUUCCGCACCACCCUCAACUCCUCCAAGAAGAAGAACGAGAACCGCGGGCCGACCCAGCAGGAGAAGCUCGCCCUGCUCAAUGCCGAAAACCGCCGCAAGAACGCCGAGUCCGUCCGCAAGGCCCAGCUGCUAGAGCGCGCCCGGGCCCGCGAGAUCGAGAAGUCUCAGCAGGCCGCCGACGGACGCGGCGCCAACACGCCCGCCAACGGUAGCGGGACGCCGAGCAAGGCCGGAGACGCAGCGGCGGUGCUACCGCAUAUCGCCAAGCUGCAGGAGCAGCAGCGCAGCCAGGCCAAGCCGGGCGUUCCUAUCAUUCAUAAGCCGCUGAUGGAUGAUGAUAUUAUUGGCGCCCUGGAUCUGGACAUCGAUGUCGAGAUUGACUGA